UUGGUGCCGGGUUUCUGUGGGUGUGAUUUGCCACUGGUCUUGUCUGGGUCUGUGGGACGACACAAGGGGGCUUCAGAGCUGCCAGACCCCCGUGUUGGGUCACCCAAGCAUGGCCACCCAGAUGUUUGAGGGGAGAGGGCAUGCAGCUGUCUACCAGAAAUACAGGUUUGCACCUGGAAAAGAGCUGCAGAGAGCCAUCCUCACCUACCUGCAGGAGAAGAAAGCAGACUCUCCUGAGCUGGUGGUGGAUGUUGGCUGUGGGACUGGACAAGGCACCCGCUUCCUUGCAGAGCACUUCAAGAAGGUGGUGGGAACAGACAUCAGUGAAGCACAGAUCCAGGAGGCCAGGGACACCUCCCCCUCGCCCGGUGUCUCCUACCUCGUGUGCCCUGCAGAGGAGCUGCCUUUUGAGGAUGCCUCUGUGGGCCUCCUGGCUGCCUUCACAGCUGCACACUGGUUUGAUCUUGAGAAGUUCAUGAGAGAAGCAAACCGGGUGGUCAGGCCGGGGGGUUGUGUGGCCAUCAGCACCUACACCCUGGACAUGAGCCUGCGCUAUGGAGACUGCUCUGAGAAGCUGACCAAAAUCUACAGGGAGGCCUGGGAGCAGCUUUCCAAAUACUCACACAAUAAAGUGAAGAGUGUCUUGGAGGACUACAAAGAGAUUUUUGAGGCCUUGCCAUUUUCAGACAAGAAGAGAAUCACAGAUAUCUAUGACAACAUUCCCAUGACAGUUGCUGGUGUGGUUGGCUACCUGGAGUCUGUCUCUCCAUUUCAAGUAUUUCUGAAGAAUGACCCUGAAGCUGCCAAAUCCCUCCUCCAAGACACUGAAAAGAGAAUGCUGGAGACAAUGGGAGUUUCUUCUUGUGAAACCCCAGUGGAGUUCUGGGUGAGGCAUGUCCUUGUGCUGGGGCAUAAGGGGCUGUGAAUGGAAGCCCUUCUUUCUCCUGGUUCUGGAAGAGGAGGAGAAAGUGGUUCACCUCCUGUUACCCCACACAUAACUGCUCUUACUUCUUGGGAAGAUUGGUGCUGAUUUUGGUGAUUAAAGCUUUGAUUUUGUU